CCACUUUUGUCUGUGCAACUAGCGUUUGCUUUUCUAAACUUGGUUAUUAAAAUGCAGAACACGGCGACAAACUGGCAGGAUCUCAGACCCCGCGAACGCAUGGAACAUUUGCUGAUGACCGGCCACUUGUCGGAUUGCAGUUUCGUCGUCUAUGACAAUGAUGGUAAUAAGAUUCUAUUAAAAUGUCAUAAAUUUGUGCUCAUGAGUGUUUCACCUGUUUUUGAACGCAUGUUUGAGGGCGAUUUCGAGGAGGCAAAGAUUCCCGACAACAUUGUGCUGAACGAUGUGUCGGGCAAUGAUUUUAGAAAAUUCAUUGAAUAUUUGUACUGGCACGAUAACCGUCGACUGGAUUCGUAUGAUCUGCAGACACUACAAACAUUGAUUUAUCUGAGCAAAAAGUUCAUGGUAUCCUUUUUUACCAACAAUUGUUUAAAUGUGAUCAAGCGCCGUUUGGCCAGUGGCCUAGAGGCGGAUGUAACAAUUGAUUUGUACGAGUAUGGCCACCAGAUCGAAGACGAAGAGCUGAUUGCCAACAUAAGAUUGAAAUUUCGCGUGAACGCGGAGGCUUACAUCAACGCAGCUGCGGUGUUUGAUCUAAGCUCGGAAAUCUUUUUAAAAUUUAUCGAGGACUUUAACGGCAUUGUAGGCGAUAAGCUUCGCUUCAGUGUGAUAGAUCGGUAUUGCAGUAUACAUGGCUUGGUCGAGAGUUCUGCAAAACCAUCCCCAGACAAUACAUUCAUCGAAAGUGAUAACGACGAUGAAGUUUCUGAUUACUCCCAGAUGACGAAAAAAAUAAAGCCUGCGACAGAAGCCAGGUCGCAAAUUGAUACACUUAAAGAAGUAGAUCUGGAGCAAGCCAAAGAGACUAAAGACGAAAAUGAAAACGAUGUCGAAAAGGGCAAAGACGUAGCUUUAGACCAAGUAAAUACAGAACAAAGCGAUAAAGAGAUGAACAGUGAGAAGGAGCAGGAGAAAAGGGACGAAUACAUACGCAAUUUAUUGAAAACUAUCAAAUUUACAUCAAUGACAGCGUAUGACUUUUGUGCUGGACCAGGUACAUCCAAUUUACUAACUAUCGAAAAGAAAUACGAAUUACUAUCUUCCAUAUGCAUUGCUGAACACAAAAUGAGAUUAUUAACAUCUUACAAGUAAACGCAUAUAUAAUAUUUUUCCUGCCAUUUUCCAUCAUAAUUGUUAUUAAAUGCUCAAAGCACAUGCAUUUAUA